AUGCAGCGGCAGGCGGGCGGCGCGUCCUCGGCGCAGAGCCCGCGAGCCGUGUACCGCACGCACGCGUCACACAUAUACGACAUUGAUGAUCAGAUACCAGCUUCUGUAAUCAGCAGUGUGGGUACAGUGAGUCUUUCACAAUCAACAACAAAUCCAACAUCAAACACAACGAUGGCGAGCCGCGGGAACACGGUUACAAGUAACAACACGCAAACACAAGCACCAGUACGAAACCUGCCCAAAAAAAAGGAAAUUCGAUCCAUCUGA